CCGCUGAGCUUCUCGACUGAACGGUUCCGUUGUGUGGACGACAGUUCAUUCUCCAGUGCUGCGUGAACCAUAGGCGUGAACCACAGCAGAAGAGCAGGGAGGUGGGAGUCAAAGGGGAUUCCCUACGAACAGCACCACCGCCGACCUUAGUGGGCACAUCCAAUCCUAGCCGCAGCUUGCAGUAGCACACAACAGAGGAACAUGGCUAACAUUGCAGUCCAAAGGAUCAAGCGAGAGUUCAAAGAAGUUCUCAAAAGCGAAGAGACGAGUAAAAACCAAAUUAAAGUAGAUUUGGUGGAUGAGAAUUUCACAGAGCUGAGGGGAGAGAUAGCUGGCCCCCCAGACACACCAUAUGAAGGUGGCAGAUUUCAGCUUGAAAUAAAAAUCCCAGAAACAUAUCCUUUUAACCCACCAAAGGUGCGGUUCAUCACAAAGAUUUGGCAUCCUAACAUCAGUUCUGUGACGGGAGCUAUUUGUCUGGACAUCUUAAAAGACCAAUGGGCGGCUGCUAUGACUCUACGGACAGUGCUUUUAUCUCUACAGGCUCUCCUGGCCGCAGCUGAGCCUGACGAUCCCCAGGAUGCGGUCGUAGCAAACCAGUAUAAGCAGAACCCAGAGAUGUACAAACAAACGGCCAAGCUGUGGUCUCACAUCUACGCAGCUGCACCCGUCUCCAGUCCCGACUACACGCGCAAAAUAGACAAACUCUGUGCCAUGGGCUUUGAUAAGAACGCAGUAAUAGCAGCGCUGUCGUCCAAGUCGUGGGACGUGGAGACCGCGACCGAACUGCUCCUUAGCAACUGAGAAACGUGUCAAGAUUCCCCCGAUGCAUUCACUGAACCCCCCCCCCCAACUCCACCACCCUCACGCAACACAUCCACCCAGGCCUUCCAUCUCACACCUCCAGCCACCGUGACCGCCAUACACACCGCCUUCCUCCUCAAACUACCCCCCCCCCCCCCCCUCCCCAUGGCCAUUAUGCUCACCACCUCGCUGCCUACUGCCUCCCCACCGUCUCUCAUCCAUCCCUAGAGCCAUCCAUCCCUCCGUCGUUAAACUACACCGUUCCCUCGGACACACCACGCUGCACCUAGCCGCGGACCCGGUCCCCGUUGAGGGCAGCAGCAGCAGCCUUAACCCGGUAGAUUUAUGAUUUAUGCGAUGACCUCCAAAGCAAAUGCCUUCAGUUGCUUGCCUGGUACAGUGCACUGCCACUUAUUCUUAUUGACUCAUUUUCUGGCUGGUUGAAUACUCCCGUUAUGUACAUUCAUAUUUAGUUGAUGUAUUUAUAUAAUGUGAUCCAAUUGGAACUGUCAAAAGCUUUGUGUUUUUGCAGUGGAGAGUGAAGAGCUGGCAUAGUAGUUAGGUAUGGAUCAACUUGUUUUCACAAGGUUUUUUGUUUUGUUUUACAAUCCCACAAGAUGAAAACUAGCAGAAUAUGGUAUUAACAUAUGCACAGCAGAAGAGCGAUAUCUGUAAAUAGAGAAAAGUCUGUACAUUUGAAAAUGAACGGUUAUAUACUUUUUCUUUCUUAUAAGAUGUUAUAAAAAUAUUUUAAAUAUGGA